AUGUUCAUUUCGACGGCAUUCACCCAUUUACUUGUUCUCUUGUUUCUUUUCUCUUCGUCGUUCAGAUUUUCGGUUUGUUCUGAAACUAAAAAUACUAUCUCGGAUAGUCAACUAUUUCAACAGUGUGCUGUCUCCCUUUCUGAGACCGAAAAUACUCAAGUCAUAUAUUCAUCUCUUGAGACCUUACGAGAUCUUUCCCAUGAUUAUUCUUUUGGUCAAGAGGUGUUAAAGCCGGAAUUAAAAGAUCAUCUAGUAAAGUAUAUGAAUAAUCUAAGAUACCCAGAAGCAACGCGAUCUAUGGCUUCUAGUGUCUUCGCUUCGGCCUUUGCCAAUAACCUUGCUGUCCAUGAAUCAGCUGCCAAAGUUAAUCUCGUGCCUUUGUUUGUACAGUCUUUAAAAGAUGAACCAUCUUUAUCCGUUACAUUAAAAAAACUUUUUUUGCUUAGUAAAGCUGUAGCCUCUACAUGGUCAGCGCAAGCUUUUGUCCGGUGUUCCGGUAUGGAUACCGUUUCUGAUAUAUAUUCAACAUGGAUUGAAACACCAAAUAGCGGUGUACCGAUAAAUAUGCGCGAGCAACUUCUCGGUAGGAUUGCUAUUCUCUUGGAAUCAUUGCAUCUCCAUCUUUCAAAAUACAUGAAAGUUACCGAUAGUUUAGUUUCAGAUUGGUGUUCUUUGUUACAGUCACAAGUUCAAUCAAACUGGUCAUCCUACUCUCCGUCAACUUUAGAGCUUCUACUACGUACAAUCGUGUCUCUGCAAGCCGAAUGGGAGGUGUGUCCUAGCACAGUAUUUUAUGGCUGGCUUAAUGAUGAUCCAAUUUCAAAACAUCAUAUAUUACGGCAAAAUUCUGGCUUUAAAGAAGAUUUCUCUGAAAUUAUUAACGAAGCUUUAUCCCUUCCUUGGCCAAAAAAGUAUUUUAUUUAA